AUGGCUGAUUCACAAUCGAGCAAUGUCGCCGCGCAGGCCGACAAACCAAUUGCCGAGGCACCUACAGCCCAAGAUACGCCCUCUGACAACUCGGCAACAACACAGGCUGUAGACGAUGGUGCUGAACAGCCCGAAGAUGCCCCUUUCGCUGUGACUAUUGUCCUCCCGAAUGACUCCAAGACGCUUGAGCUCCCGGUGUCACCCUUGGAGCAGAUCCACGAAAUCCGCCAGUCCAUCAUUGAGCACCCAGUUGCUGUGCAAUACUCGUGCUUCCACCUCGAACAUAACGGGCAGCGCAUCAAUGAUUUUGUCCAGGUCUCGGACGUCGAGGGUCUCGCUUCCGGUUCGAAGCUGCACGUUGUGGAGGAUCCCUACACGGAGAAGGAGGCCAGGAUCCAUUUCAUUCGGAUCCGGGAACUGAUCGGAGCUGCUGGAGAUCGCACCGACAGCGCCCAAGGCAUUCUCGCUGGCGCUUCCGUCCAUGAUGACGUUGCAGCCCGUGCUGCCGAGGAAGCCGAGAAGGAGGUCCAGCCUUACGAUUUCAAUGCGCCAGCCGACCUGUCCGCCCUGCUGCCCAAAGAAACGGGCCCAGCACCCAAGACGGUCAAGCAAAUCACACUGUCCCCAUGGAACCCUCCCCCUGCCCCCUGGCGGCAAAAGGGCCAUCUGCUUUACCUGGCAGUGACAACGAACGAGGGCGAGCAGUACCAUAUCACCGCGCACGUUGGGGGCUUCUUCGUCAACCAAUCCAGCAAGGACAAAUUCAACCCCUCUGCUCGGACCGAUUCCAAGGGCGCUUCAGCUCAUUCUCUGUUCACCCUACUAGAGAAGAUCUCGCCGUCGUUUGCCAAAAGCUUCGCCGAUUUCCAGCAGUUUGCCAAUGCCAAGGACCCCUUAGCAACAUUCCAGAUUGGGAACACCAUUCCCUCGGCCCCUUGGCUCGUGCCUCCCGCUUCGUCACCCCAGGUUGCCCACAUCUCUGACGCGACCAGGUCCCAGGAAACAUUCCUGCUAGGUGGCGCCGAGAACACAGACUCCCUGAGAGACUGGAACGAAGAGUUCCAGUCGGCCAAGGAGCUCCCCAGGGAUAGCAUCCAGGACCGCGUUUUCAGGGAAAGGCUGCUUGCCAAGCUGUAUGCAGACUACAACGAUGCCGCUGCACGCGGUGCCGUGCUGGUUGCUCGCGGGGAGGUUGCGCCUCUUAACCCCACAGAAGGCAGAGAUGCCCAGAUAUUUGUGUACAACAAUGUGUUCUUCUCCUUUGGUGCCGACGGUGUCGGCACGUUCACGAGCGAAGGUGGUGACGAGGCCGCCAGGGUCGCCACAGGGAAGGACGUUCUUGGUGUCAAGCUUGUGAACCAGCUCGAUAUUGAUGGUCUGUACACCCCGGGCACGGUCGUUGUGGACUACCUCGGCAAACGCAUCGUUGGUCAGAGCAUUGUCCCUGGCAUCUUCAAGCAACCCGAGCCUGGCGAGAACCAGAUCCACUACGGCGCUGUAGACGGCAAGGACGUGGUCGCCGCCGACCAGAGCUUUGCGCCUGUGUUUGAGAAGCUGGCUCAGUCCCUGAGAGUCAAGAAGCACGCCGUCUGGGACAAGGAGAACAAGCGCUAUGACCUGGAGGCGAGCGUCGAAAUGAAGGGUCUGCUUGGUACAGACGGCCGCAAGUACGUUCUCGAUUUGUACCGCAUCACUCCGCUGGAUAUUGCCUGGAUGGAGGAAAGUGGUCUCGAAGGCUUCGAGUACCCACACCGUAUGACGGUGCUGCGUCCUGAGCUUGUCGAGGCUUUGCAAAAGCAAAAGGCUCGCGAGUAUGUCAACGCGGAGUUGCUCAAGCGCGGUGCUUUGAAGAAGCAGGCCGAUACGAACGGAGAAACAAAGGAGGACGACGCUGAAAAGCAAUUGGAUGAGAGCAAGCCCGAGGAGAAGCAAGCCCAAGACAAAACCGAGAAUGAGGAGGGAAGCGAAGCGAAGGAGGCCGAGAAAGCCGAGAAGGAUGACAGGAUCGAUAUGUCAAGCUUCAAGUUCGCGUUGAAUCCGGAUGUCUUUAGCGGCCAGACUCCCCAGACCGAGGAGGAGAAGGCAGAGAUGGCCAAGGACGAGCAAGAUGUCCGGGCUGCCUGCGCAUAUCUUCGUGACACCGUCAUUCCUCUCCUCUUGCGCGAUCUCAGCGAGUCGGAUAUCAGUUUCCCUAUGGAUGGACGGUCUCUUACUGCCCUGCUCCAUCGUCGCGGCAUCAACCUGCGAUAUCUUGGCAAGCUAGCAUCCCUGAGUGACAACCCCCGCUUAGAGUGCUUCCGCGAGGUGUGCAUCCGUGAGAUGAUCGCUAGGUCAUUCAAGCAUGUCGCCUCCAAGUAUCUCAAGACGUUGCCGGUGCCGUUAACCUCAUCUUGCCUUUCACACCUUUACAACUGCCUUUUGGGCACUGGACUGAACCCUAAGCCGGUUGCUGAGGUUGACGAGUCUUACAGGCGACUUUUCGGGGAUGCCGACCUCGCUUUUGAGCAGGUGACCCCCGAGAGCCUGAGGGAAGAGAUCCAAGGCGAGACUGCCCGUAGGUUCAGGUUCAUCUUGCAGGAUGGCUGGUGGGAGCGGAUCAGACAUUUGCAGCUGCUCCGCGAAACCGCGCUGAAGUUGGGUCUUCAAAUACAGAUGAAGACCUUCCGUUUUACCCAGCACGCCGAAGAGUCUGCUCCCAGCAACGGGCAGGCUCUGGCCCCUUCGUCUGCUGCCGGCGAGCCAGCUGGUAAGAAAAAGAACAAGAAAAAGUCCCGCGAAGGUUCGCCAGCCAGUGUGCCGUCACCCGUAAGGGCGCCGCAUACUUUCGCCCCUGACGACUUCGUCAAUGUUGUACCGAUAAUCAAGGAUUCAUGCCCGCGCAGUGCGCUGGCUGAGGAGGCCUUGGAAGCUGGGCGUCUCUCCAUCUACCAGAACCAGCGGAAGCUCGGCGAGGAUCUGCUGCUCGAGUCGCUGUCCCUGCACGAGCAGAUUUAUGGCCUUGUCCAUCCAGAGGUUGCACAGAUGUACCACACGCUUUCUCAGUUGUACUUCCAGCUCGAUCAAAAGGAUGCGGCCGUGGAGCUCGCAAGGAAAGCUGUGAUUGUUGCCGAGAGGACAGUCGGGCUUGAUUCUGCAGAGACGGUGCUCAACUACCUCAAUCUCAGUCUUUUUCUUCACCAGCGCGGCGAUAGCAAGCUUGCGCUCGGCUAUGCCAAGCAUGCGCUCAACGUGUGGAAGGUCAUCUACGGAUCCGAUCACCCCGACACAAUCACCACCAUCAACAACUAUGCGGUGAUGCUGCAGAGCAUCAAAGCAUACCACGAAUCUCGCCGCUGGUUCGAUGAGUCUCUGCGCGUCUGCGAAAGGGUGUUUGGAAGACAGUCGAUCAACUCGGCCACGCUGCUCUUCCAGCUGGCGCAGGCCCUUGCUCUUGACCAGGACUCGAAGGCGGCCGUGGACCGCAUGCGGGAGAGUUACAAUAUUUUCCGCAACGCUUUGGGACCCGAGGACAAGAACACAAAGGAGGCGGAACACUGGCUGGAGCAGCUGACGCACAACGCCGUCUCAAUCGCCAAGCAGGCCAAGGAUCUCCAGGCUCGCAGGGCGAGAGCCGGCUACCGUUUUGCUUCGCGGAACAUCAGCGUCGGCGCCUCGGCCACCAGCUCGGCUCCGACGGAGCUGCCCGGCAAGCCGGCCCCUCCGCCCUCGAUGGACAGCCGCAGCAUCGACGAGCUGAUCCGGUACAUUGAGGGCACCGACAAGAAGAAGAAGCCCAGCGGCAGCGGCGCUGGCAAGAAGGGUGCUGGCCGCGGAAACCCCAAGAGAAGAGGCGGCGCAUCCGGUGCUAGCGCCUAG